AUGGCAUUUAAUAAAAUUUCAAUUGAAAGGUACUAUGCAAGAAAUAAUCAAAUUCACAGCAUCAUAAAUGAUGGAUUUAAAGAAAAUUCAAGAAUGGGAACCAUAAAUUUAUCCGAAAAUAAUAUUAGUAAGAUCGACUACAGAGCUUUUGAAGGAUUAUCAAAUUUAAAAAGAUUGCGCCUAAAUGGGAAUCCUAUUGGCAAUCUAUCCAUGGAGAAUUUGAAAGACCUAUCUUCGCUUGAAAAUCUCUAUUUAACAGAUUCUAUAAUAAACUUUAUUGAUGAAAUGGCUUUUGCAAAUUUCUCAGCUAUGGAAUAUUUGAAUAUGGGGUCUACCGGAUUAAGAUAUUUUCCCAAUACCUUACUAUCGACUAACCAGGAAAGCGCCUUGAAAGAACUGUAA